CAUGUAAGCUGAGACUGAUGACUAAGACAGAGGCUUUCUGAUUCAUUGUGCUUACUUAGCGACGUUUGAAUCUGCAUCUAUGCACAUAGUCAUUCGGCUAUCAGUGACCUAUCUAGUUAAAUGGCUUCCUCUGCUGCUCUCUCUCUCCCUCUUCCUCUCUCCCUCCCUCUUCCUCUCUCCCUCCCUCUCGCUGGCUCUCUCAGGCUGGCUGCAGUCGCCGCAAUAUCCUGAGGGGUACCCCGAGGAUGUAAACGAAAUGUGGGAGCUGCCAGUGCCCCAAGGGUUUGCCCUGACGCUGCAGCUCAUCCAUCUGGACCUGGAAGAAAGUGAGGGGUGUCAGCAUGAUGCACUCAAUAUCUCAGCCGAUGGGGUGCAGCUGGCAUCGCUGUGUGGUCAGCUGUCCUUCGAGGAGCUGCAAUCCCAGGUUAAUCCCAUGCUGCACACCUCUGGCAGCUCUCUCGUCGUACGUUUCCAUUCGGACUAUUCCAACACCGAGAGACACACCGGCUUCCGGGCAAUAUUUUCUACCCAGGAUAUUGAUGAGUGCUCAGACCCAUACAAUGAAUGCACACAAUUCUGCAACAACUACAUUGGGGGAUACUAUUGCUCCUGCCAGCCAGAAUACGCCUUGGACCUUGACAACCACACCUGUACAGUCAACUGCAGUGUUGACCUGGGGAGCUCCACCAGGGGCUCAGUGUCCAGUCCUGGACAUCCCAGCUCCUACCCAGAACACGCCGCCUGCUCCUACCGCCUGAGCAUUGAUGAAGGAUUCCAGUUGGUCAUUGACUUUGAGGAUCCCUUUGACAUUGAGGGACAGAGAGGAGGACCCUGCAUAGACUCAUUGCAGAUUAAGACCCCAUCUCGUGUAUUUGGGCCCUUCUGUGGUGACCAGGCCCCCCCUUCUCUGAUCACUGGGUCUCAUCAGAUGGAGAUUUUAUUUAACACAGAUGGCUACGGAACCAACACUGGCUUCACACUCACCUACAGAGCCAAAGCCAAGACGUGUCCCAGUACAGUGACGGCUCAGUCCAGUCUGAUCCCUGGAUGGCCCCAGUAUGAAUAUGGAAACAAAGUCACGGUGCAGUGUGACACCGGGUUUGAGGCUGCGAUGGACUCUGUGAUGUUCACCAUUCCAGGUGUGGACUGUGGCACACCUCUUCUACCUGAGAGCGGAGUACUGCAGCUGGUCAACAAAAAGCCGAGAACUCUGUACCAGGAUGAGAUCCAGCUGAAGUGCGAGUCAAAAUAUUACAAGCUGGAGGGAGAGGAUGUGUACAGAUGCGAUGCGCAGGGUGAAUGGAGUUCUGUGAAGGGCAGCAGUCAUUGGCCAAAAUGUGUUGAAGUGUGUGGAGAGCCCGAGAGCAAGCACUCUGAUUUUGGCCGUAUUUUUGGAGGAAGUGAGGCAGAGCCUGGUCAGAUCCCCUGGCAGGUCUAUGUUGAAAAUCCAAAAGGAGGAGGAUCUCUGAUCUCCGACCGAUGGGUCCUCACAGCUGCUCAUGUGGUUGAAGGGCAGCACAGUGUGCUUUUGUACGGGGGGACAGCGGACAUUGGGAAUAUAGGAAGCUCAGAGAACGUUGUGAUUCUGGAGAGUGAGAAGAUCUUCAUCCACCCAGGAUACCCAAAAGCCCCAACAAGUGGGAGACGUACCAAUUAUGACAACGACAUCGCCCUGGUCAGACUGAAAUCCCGUGUACCCCUGGGACCCCAUCUUCUCCCCAUCUGUCUCCCCGAGAGGAAAGACGAUGGGACUCUUAUUUCCGAAAGACUGGGGUUUGUUUCAGGAUGGGGCAGGACAGAACAUGGCACACUGAGCUCGAAACUGUUGUAUGUUGAGAUCCCUGUGAAGGACAGAGCCACCUGCUCCAAGAGGAAAGAUGGAAAGCCAGUGACGCAGACAUUCAGUGAGAACAUGUUCUGUGCUGGUGAGAAGGAUAAAGAUAGCUGCAGUGGAGACAGUGGGGGUCCCUUCUUCCUCCGAGAGUUUCGGAGAGGAGCAGGAGGACAGAUAGAAAGGGGCCAAUUCCGUCUCUACGGCAUUGUGUCCUGGGGAAUAAUCUGUCAGGAGAGGGGUUACUACACUAAAGUAGACAAUUACCUGGACUGGAUUACAGAAACCAUGGAGACAGAGGAGAGAGAUGAAGAAGAUUAAGAAUAGACUGGUUAGAGCAGAUCAUGUGAUUAUUCUACUGUACGUUAAGCAAACAUAAAUUUCAUUAGCUGAGGAUAGGUUAGACACAAAUAAGUGGGUAAUAUAGAGUGCAUUAGGUUAAUUUAGAUUAUAACAGUGUUGUAGAACAUCAUCUUACAUUAUACUACAUUCACCUUCAACUAAAUGUGUGGAAUUAUCAGUGGUGAAAUCAAUAUAUUCUGACAUAUUUCAAAGGGUUACAAAAAAAAUUGCACCAGAAAAUAGGUUUUACUGAAUAAAACAGAUUUAAUCUGGAGUACAUUACGUUAAAAUAAAAUAUUCUUAUUUUUUAAUUAUAUCAUGUGUAUCUGAAAGUGUGUUGUAGUUAAUUUCAUUCAUUAUUAUAAGAAUAUAUUAUAUUAUAUUGUGUUAAAUAUACAGGUAAUCAUAGUAUAUUAGAUAUAGAGUUAAGGGGUAAAUUGUGGAUACAUUCAUGGACUCUAUUUUAUCAUUACAGCAAAUAAUGUUUUAUUCUAUUGUGUGUCAUUAGAUGGCAAUAAACUACGAUAUACUGUGCAAAAGUA